CGCCAGCCAAUGGCAUUGUUCUUUCCGCCGCGCCCGCUGCUCUCAUCCGAUGCCCGCGGUUUUAGGGCUUGGCCGGACCCCCCGCUCCCUUGUCCGCCUGCUCUUGGACACUCCCAAUCUCUCGUCUGUCUCCUCUUCUCCCCCAGUUCCUUACACUUCUCAGAAGCAGCUAAUUUGCUCCUCGGAGCUUGCUGUUUAGGGCCGUAAGCUUGUCGCCGGCGGACACCGGAGAGGAGCGUUAAAAGGCGUCCGAUGGCUCUCCACGCCGUUGCUUGCUCUUUUACCGGCCUUGCUUCAAACUCCCGACUCCGUGCCCAGAACUUGUCCGAGAGGGGUGGUUUUAAAAGGGGAUUUGUUAGAGCGGUCUCUGUUCCUCCUCUUUUCUCCUCGCCUCGGCCUCUCUGUAGAAUUUCAGGUUGUGCAGGGGCAUUUGCAGGCAACAAUAGCUCUCUUGAGACAAGUGAUUCUUCACUUGUCGUGUGUUUUGGGGAAAUGCUAAUUGAUUUUGUCCCUACGAUUAGUGGCUUAUCAUUAGCUGAAUCUCCAGCAUUCAAGAAGGCUGCUGGAGGAGCACCUGCUAAUGUUGCUGUAGGCAUAGCUCGUCUUGGUGGUUCAUCAGCCUUUAUUGGGAAGGUUGGUGAAGAUGAGUUUGGGUAUAUGCUAGCUGAUAUUUUAAAAGAAAAUAAUGUGGACAAUCAAGGAUUGCGGUUUGAUCCGGGUGCUCGAACAGCACUGGCUUUUGUUACAUUGAGAAAAGAUGGUGAACGUGAGUUCAUGUUUUAUCGUAAUCCUAGUGCUGAUAUGCUGCUUGAAGAAAAAGAACUAGACCUUGACAUCAUUAGGAAGGCAAAGAUCCUCCACUAUGGAUCUAUAAGUCUCAUCACUGAACCAUGUAAAUCAGCACAUAUUGCAGCAGCUAAGGCCGCUAAGGAUGCUGGAGUGCUUCUUUCUUAUGAUCCAAAUCUGAGGCUUCCACUAUGGCCAUCUGCAGAGAGUGCUAGAGAUGGAAUAUUGAGCAUAUGGAAUACUGCUGAUAUUAUCAAGGUAAGUGAAGAAGAAAUUUCCUUUUUAACUAAAGGAGAAGAUCCAUAUGAUGAUGCAGUUGUACGAAAACUCUUCCACCCGAAUCUGAAGUUGGUUCUUGUCACUGAGGGCCCACAUGGCUGCAGAUAUUAUACGAAGGAAUUCAGUGGAAGGGUAAGUGGACUAAAAGUGAAUGCAGUGGACACUACUGGUGCUGGAGAUGCUUUUGUUGCUGGAAUAUUAUCGCAAUUAGCCACUGAUGUUUCCUUGCUCCAGGAUGAAGGUCGACUAAAAGAAGCCCUUAGGUUUGCAAAUGCAUGUGGAGCACUGACUGUGAUGGAGAGAGGAGCAAUCCCUGCUUUACCAACUCGGCAGGCGGUACUGAAUGCCUUGGUUAAUAUUGUUGCUUAAAGAGAGUUCUUAUCGACUCCAUUCAUCAUCUGUAUCUGACCUUGCAAAAUAUGACUCCAUUAAAAAGCAUCAGAGGGCCAGGUGUUAUGCAUUUGUGUGUGUGCAACUGUUGGUUAAAACAGUUGUAGCUUCUCUUUUUCCUGAAAAGAUUCAGCAUUGUACCAGAAACUUGAGAGCCUAAAUAAAAAAGAAUGUUUACUGAUCUAUA